AACAACUUAGGCUCGGCCGAGUCCAGUGCCAAGCGUCCGCCGGGUCGGAGGAGCCGCAGGCUGUCGGGGUCUGAGCCGCAGCUAAUGGGCUCCGACGUGCGGGACCUGAACGCGCUGCUGCCCGCCGUACCCUCGCUGGGGGGCGGCGGUGGCUGCGCCCUGCCAGUAAGCGGCGCGGCUCAAUGGGCUCCGGUGCUGGACUUCGCGCCCCCGGGCGCUUCGGCUUACGGUUCCUUGGGUGGUCCGGCCCCGCCGUCGGCCCCGCCGCCUCCGCCGCCCCCGCCGCCGCCCCACUCCUUCAUCAAACAGGAGCCCAGCUGGGGCGGCGCGGAGCCGCACGAGGAGCAAUGCUUGAGCGCCUUCACCGUGCACUUCUCCGGUCAGUUCACCGGCACCGCCGGAGCCUGCCGCUACGGGCCCUUCGGUCCUCCCCCGCCGAGCCAGGCGUCCUCGGGUCAGGCUAGGAUGUUCCCCAAUGCGCCCUACCUGCCCAGCUGCCUGGAGAGCCAGCCCGCUAUUCGCAACCAGGGAUACAGCACGGUCACCUUUGAUGGGACACCCAGCUAUGGCCACACGGCUUCGCACCACGCUGCGCAGUUCCCCAACCAUUCCUUCAAGCACGAGGACCCCAUGGGCCAGCAAGGCUCGCUGGGCGAGCAGCAGUACUCGGUGCCGCCUCCGGUCUAUGGCUGUCACACGCCCACCGACAGCUGCACGGGCAGCCAGGCUCUGCUGCUGAGGACGCCCUACAGCAGUGACAACUUGUACCAAAUGACUUCCCAGCUGGAAUGCAUGACCUGGAAUCAGAUGAACCUUGGAGCCACCUUAAAGGGCCAUGGCACAGGGUACGAGAGUGAGAGCCACACCACACCUAUCCUCUGUGGGGCUCAGUACAGAAUACAUACCCAUGGCGUGUUCCGAGGCAUUCAGGAUGUGCGGCGUGUGCCUGGAGUAGCCCCAACUCUUGUCCGGUCAGCAUCUGAAACCAGUGAGAAACGCCCCUUCAUGUGUGCUUAUCCGGGCUGCAAUAAGAGAUAUUUUAAGCUGUCCCACCUACAGAUGCACAGCCGGAAGCACACUGGUGAGAAACCCUACCAGUGUGACUUCAAGGACUGUGAGCGAAGGUUUUCUCGUUCAGACCAGCUCAAAAGACAUCAAAGGAGACAUACAGGUGUGAAACCAUUCCAGUGUAAAACUUGUCAGCGAAAGUUCUCCCGGUCCGACCACCUGAAGACCCACACCAGGACUCAUACAGGUAAAACAAGUGAGAAGCCCUUCAGCUGUCGGUGGCCCAGUUGUCAGAAAAAGUUUGCCCGGUCAGAUGAAUUAGUCCGUCAUCACAACAUGCACCAGAGAAACAUGACCAAACUCCAGCUGGCACUUUGAAGGGCGCAACUUGGGGACAGUUUGGUGUCCCAGGCAGGACUGUGUGUGAACUACUUUCAAAUCUGGUCUUUGAAGAAAGUGGCCCUUGACCUUCACCCAACCUCCAAGACAAGACACGACCGGUACCACUGGAUUCUACCAGGUUUGCCUAGAGGAGUUGAUCUCUGAUCUGCCAACUUGUAAUUGACUCACAGGCCUGGAAAAGUGGCUGACAAGUGUCUGGUUAGUUAACAGCCCAUGGCCCUUGGGUUUCGAUUCUCCAUUGUAAGAAAAAAACAAAGAAAACAUUGUUAAUAAGGUCCCCUUAACUUCCUCUUCUUCCUUUAUACUCAUUUUUACUAGAAAUGAAGUGAUGGCGCAAUUGCCAUCACAGGAUGUUUAUAGGUAGAAGAUGUGCAUGUGCGUCUGCUAACGUAAACUUUGUCAUGGUUGCCAUUUACUAACGGCUCUGGUAAGAAAUAAAUCAGAGAGGGAGGCAUUGAGGGGACAAGUCUCAUCUAACAUUGAAGUGGGCUGCUAACCUGGAAGGCAGGAUGUGAGUGCCACCAAGUGACAUUCAACACUCGAAAGUCAUGCAUUUCAAAUCACUGAACAAAGAAUUGGAACUAACCAGUACCUCUGUAUAGAAAUCGAGAAGAAUCUUACUGUUUUGUUAAUUCAAUGUUAAUAUUAACAUGAUGCUCUUAAGAAACCGUGUUUGAAGUCCUGAGAUUUUUGUGGGUUUGAUUUUUUUUUUUGACUUGUAAUUAGGCGCAUCUUUCUUUCUUUCCUUUCUUUCUUUCUUU